AUGCCCCGCGCCCGCCCGGCAUUUGGGCGGCUGCAGGCGGCGGGCAGAUCGGGGAGCAGGUCUACCUUCCUGAAGGCCCUCAGCGUCUCGGCGGCUUCGGCAGCGGUGCGGGGGCGGCCCCCGCUUGGGGCGCUCUCCUCUCUGGAGCGGCCUGCCAUCCGUCCCACCACGGACACCCUCUACAGGUCGAUGCUGAAGGGGCUCCAUGGCUACCGCCUAGGGCCGGCGCUGCGCCGGCACGACGGGCCCACCCUCGACGGCCUCCUGGGCGUUUCCUUCAACGACCUGUACUGGAAGGGGCUGGGAACCGACGUCGGCAGCGGCAUGCUGGCGGCUCAGGCGCCCUUCCUGCCGGGGCAGGGGCGCCCAGGGGCCACUCUGCCCCCUCGAGCCUCUCGGGCGAUGCUGGGCCGGAGGCGCCGUACCGCACCGCUCACGCGGUUGCCCCUGCCGAGGGCGGCCAUGGGCGCGAUCGUCGGCUACCCAGUCCACCGCGGCCUCCUGCGGGCUGCCCUGCUCACCGCCUUCGCCCUCGCGUGCUACCUGAAGCCGCAGGAGAUGUUGCAAGUGCGAGCUCGUCACCUCAUUGCCCCCGCGGUGAUGGCGGGGCCCGAGUACCAGUGCUGGCCCAUCCUUCGGCACGACUCCACCCUCCUGCGGGCGGGGAAGGCUGGAGUGCACGACGGCGGGGUGGUCAUCGACAUGGGCGCGUGGCUGUGCCCUGCGCUGGCCUGCUCGCAGGCGACGCUGAAGCCGGACGACCUCAUCCUGGACCUGAGCUUCGUGGAUCUGCGCAGCGGCAGCGGCCCGCCCGCGGAGGUGAUCUACCACCUCAAGGGCGCCCUGGCCUCCGAGCUGCGCCUAGCGGUCCGCCUCCGCCGUUUCGCCUUCCUGGAGCCGUUCGCAGGUUCAGGCCAGAUCGGUGGGGCCCUCAGGGCUGCAGGGUACGCUUGUGUGUCUCUUGACGUCAACAACGGGCCCCUGGAGGACCAUCUCAGUCCGGCUUUUCGGAGUACUAUUCGUGGGUGGCUCCAGGGUAGGGUGAUCUUGGGCGUCUGGUUGGGUACUCCGUGCACUACGUGGUCUCGGGCUCUGCGAAAGCCUCUCAGGUCCAUCCAGGCCCCGAUGGGCCUUGCAGACCUCACCGAGUCGGAGCUCGCUAGGCUUCAAGUGGGAAGCGACACUUUCGAGCUCUCCGUAAACGUCAUCAAGACCUGCGUCCGUCUUGGAAUCCCAGUGUACCUCGAGAACCCCGCGUCCUCC